GCGUUCUAGUUUGUCGCGUCGCUAGAAGAUGCGGUUUAACCUAAAAACGAAAACUUUAUAUCUACCAACCACUUUAAUAUAAUACAAUCAAACAAGCCAUUAUUUUAGGUAAUGGAAAUGUAACUACAUAACAGGAGUAAAGUGAGGAUUUCGGCAAGCGUUGACUGUUUGAGGAAGUGAGGUGAAGAACUACAAACGUCAACCCUCUGUGUGUGUGUGUGAUGGUGUUUCACAACACAAUGAAUCUCCCAUCUGGCUUAUUUUUAACAGCAACAGUUCGGUUUUAAUUCCAGGUUAUACGGUUUCACUUUGUUUCUGAACUAACAACAUUACUGUAAAUACAUAUAGCUUGUGAAAGAGUCGUAAUAUUUAUCGUGAGUGUACUGCGAAGUGUUGUCACGAGUUGCAGGGGAUGAUGGGAGCGCGUGGCGCGUUUGCUCGGCCGAUUAAGAGACUGUUUGAUCGGCUUAGUUUGACUCAAACCCGCUUGUGCUCAUCGUAUGGGCCCGGUGCUGAUGAUUGUCCUGAAGUUCGUCUGAAUCCACUUGAUGGUGAAGACAACGGUAUAGUGGAGGUGAUGAUGUGUCGUGAGAGAGCACGGAACUCUCUGGGCCGUGUGUUUGUGGGUCAGAUGAGAGAGUUGGUUUCAUCGUUACAGCAUGACACAGCAGUUCGUGUGGUGGUCUUUAGAAGUUUGGUCCCCGGAGUGUUUUGUGCAGGGGCUGAUCUUAAGGAGAGAGCGCAGAUGAGUAACCCUGAGGCAGAGCUUUUUGUGCAUGGCCUACGAUCAUUAAUGAAUGACAUCGCUGUGCUGCCCAUGCCAACCAUUGCAGCGGUGGAUGGUGUUGCUCUGGGGGGCGGUUUAGAGUUGGCACUAGCAUGUGACCUUCGCACAACGGCUCACUCUGCGCAGAUGGGCCUGAUUGAAACAACACGAGGAUUACUUCCAGGCGCUGGAGGCAGUCAGAGGUUGCCCAGGACUGUCGGCUUUGCUAUGGCAAAGGAGCUGAUUUUUACAGGCCGGCGUUUGGGGGGUGAGCAGGCUCUGGAGCUGGGACUGGUCAACCGCUCCGUGCCACAGAACCAGACAGGAGACGCGGCUCAUAAAGAGGCGCUUAGUCUAGCACGAGAGAUCCUGCCUCAGGCCCCGAUUGCCGUUCGGAUGGCUAAAGUAGCCAUGAAUCGAGGCGCUGAGGUGGACAUCUCUUCGGGAAUGGCUAUUGAGGGAAUGUGUUAUGCCAGGCUCAUUCCAACAAGGGACAGACAAGAGGGCAUGGCUGCGUUUAUAGAGAAGAGGUCUCCAAGAUAUAUCGGCGAGUGAAUGCACUAGUAUAGUACUUGCAUCUCUUAAAUGUUUUAACCUGUUUGACAUGUUUCAAGCCAGCACAUUCUGUACCGUGACGUCAACAAAAUAUUGGGUAUCAUUUUCCUCUGAAUUUGGAGCUUUAGUUGUAGUGGUGUCAUAAAAGCAACUGCCUAAAAUAAGUAAAUUGUUAUUCACAUUUCGUGUUACAAGAACGUUUUUUGUCUUGCGUUUCUGAAUGAGAAAUCAC